CUAGGUUUUUCCUGUUCCCCCCUCCCCCAGCCUCCGUUUCGGUUCUUCGCCUUUUGUCUGCUUGAUCCUCUCCUUGACUCCUCCCAGCGACAGCUCCUGCUCUGUGAUUGGUCGAUGCCAAAGUGGGAGGAGAUUUGCUGCUGCUUCCUGCAUUUUCUGCUGGGAAGGGAGCGCUGUCGUCAGUCUCGGUAGCAGUCAGACGACGGGCGGUUGGACGCUGUUCUCCGCGGGCGGAACUCGGUGUUUCAGCUUCGUGGCUGAAUUCGGGACAUUUUGUUGAAGAUCACUAACCCGAUCGGACAAUCCGAUUUUUCGAGCGGAGACGAGAAGCGAACGGAUCGCGGAUAUUUUUUUCAGCCUUCCUUCCUUCCUGCCAUCCAGCUCUCUUUGUUUCUCUUUGGUCCAACCGAGCCGGAGAGCAAUAUCGCCCCCUGUAGGAAAGAGGAUAGGGAGCCCAGCGAGCCUUCGAGCAGUCCGCCUCCGUCGCGACGUGGGUCCCCUCAGCCCAGCUGUCCGAUGCGGAGUGAGGAUGAGUCCCGCUCUGGAAGCCCUCAUGCAGGCGGACGGGACACCUUACGCGGGGAAAGGGGUGAUGCUUGAGCCCUUCGUGCACCAGGUGGGAGGCCACUCCUGCGUGCUCCGCUUUGGGGAACAGACCAUCUGCAAGCCGCUCAUCCCCAGAGAGCACCAGUUCUACAAGAACCUGCCCCCGGAGAUGAGGAAGUUCACCCCGCAGUACAAAGGUGUUGUGUCCGUGAGUUUUGAAGAGGACGAGGAGGGGAACCUGUGUCUCAUCGCCUACCCCCUCCACAGCGAAUCGGGGGAUCUUGAAAACAAGGACCCGUCAACAGACUGCGAACCCAAGAGCAAGAUGGUGAAGUGGACCAACAAAAAGCAGUCCCCUUUGCUCCUGGAGAAUGACAAGUACAGCAAAGAGCGAGCGCGGCACGGCCGAAAAGAGGAGAAGAUCAUGAGUUACAACCGCGACGAGGUGUCUCAGCAGCAGGCUGAGGUCGUGUACUUCAGCUUGGAGAAAGGCAACGUGGUGUCACAGAUCAAACACAACCCCUGGAGCCUGAAAUGCCACCAACAGCAGUUGCAGAGGAUGAAGGAGAAUGCUAAGCACCGGAACCAAUACAAAUUUAUUCUGUUGGAAAACCUGACGUGGCGUUACACCGUACCAUGUGUGUUAGACUUGAAGAUGGGAACACGCCAACAUGGUGACGACGCAUCAGAAGAGAAGAAGGCCAACCAGAUACGCAAGUGUCAACAGAGCACAUCUGCGUCGAUUGGAGUGCGACUCUGCGGCAUGCAGGUUUACCAGUCAGACACUGGCCAGCUGAUGUUCAUGAACAAGUACCAUGGCCGUAAGCUAGCCCUUGCCGGCUUCAAGGAGGCACUGUAUCAGUUCUUCCACAACGGGCGCCGCCUGCGCCACGAGCUCCUGUCUCCGGUCCUGCGCAGUCUCCGGGAAAUGCAAGCUGCUCUGGAGGCCUGCGAGUCCUACCGCUUCUACUCCAGCUCCCUGCUCAUCAUCUACGAUGGAAACCCCCCCAGAACUCCUGCCAGACCGAGACACCGAGGGGGCGAAGAUGGCGACGAAGAUGAACCGUCUGAUGAAGAAGAGGAAGAAGGGGCUUUUGGCGGCAGCCGUACAUCCCACGGUGCCGGAGAGCCCAGCGCCCCUGAGGUGGACGUGCGCAUGAUUGACUUUGCCCACACCACCUGCCGGCAUUAUGGGGAGGACAGCGUGGUGCACGAAGGCCAGGACAGCGGCUUCAUCUUCGGCCUUCAGAACCUGAUCACAAUCAUUUCCCAGCUGGAGGAUCACAGCACCGACUGAGGCUGCGGAGGAGCCGCCGUAGUUUAACUUUAGAGCAAAGGAGGAGCUCCUUGAUCUGCCAUACCCUCUUUAGGGCCUUGAGCCUGAAAAAAGAGGUUGCUUGGCCGAACCCCUCUUGGUUUGGGCAGAGGGUGCAGUUGGUUCUGCACUCCGACUCGCCUGAUAGAAGAGACGGCUGCUUGUGCACUCCCUUGCACUUUUCUCUUUGUGAAAUCAGGACAUUUCUAUGAUAUUCGUGAAAGGAGACUGGAGGAAAUGUUGCAUGAGACGGGCGUCUCUUGGUAAAGACAGGGACUGGUGUGGCGCCACCCUCCUUUCCCCUGCUCCCCUUUGCAACAGACUAUUAUCUUUUUUUUGCCACGUUCUCUCUGAGAGAGAAAAGGGAGCGGCGGAGGAAACGGGCCGGCAGGUUGUGGUGGUGCUUUCUUUACCUGUGAUGUGUUUCUGAAGAACUCUGGGCUGCCUGUGUCCAUCAGCACAGAACAAUUACUGGGGGCUGAACAAGACGACCUUGGCUGGCUGGGUCAGCAGCCUUUCAGCAGCAUAAGUACAGUUGGUUUUUUGUUCGUGUUGUGUCUUUCAUCGGUUAUUGUCUUCCUAAACACCAAGCACUUAGAUUUGAAGUGGGGGAAGAAAAUGAUGUCAUUUCAGAAGAAGGGAUUCGACUUUUAUUGUUUUAUUUCCACCUGUUCUUCUCAAAUAUAAAAUGGAUUUGGAAUUACAAAGGAUUCUUUCUUCGUUUCUUUUUUUAUUUAGUCACUUUUUAUUAUCUGAUUUUUCUCCAUUCCAGAAAAUUGACUUAGAAAAUUGAAUAGUUAAGAACACUAGUAGCAAAGACGUAUUUAUUGAAGAGGACUGUUCGGAAAUCAGAACAAGCACAUUCCAUUUUACCACUUAAAAAUGUUUUGUCCUGUUUUGUUUUUACAAAGCUUUUCUUUAUUGCUGUUUGUUAUUGGUGUCUUGAAAUAAAGACAUUGAUUGUGAUAAAGCGCA